AUGAUCUCUCAACAUGGCGAAGAGUACACAAUUGACUUCAGCAGAAAAAUCGGCAGCGGUGCAUACGGAAAUGUCCACUCGGGAAGGGCUUCGUCUGGCAGAAGUGUUGCAGUCAAAUGCGCUCGAGAUGCAAAAGAAAUUCAGGCUGCACGAAAAGAGGUGGAAUUUUAUCGCCGAUGUGCAGGUGCACGUAAUAUUGUAAAGUAUGUUGGUAGUCAACACAAGGAAGCAACGGAUCACUCUCCCGAACGCUUCUCGUUUGCCAUGGAACGUGCAUUGUUCUCACUCGACAAGCUUAUGAAGCAGGUCCGACAUGUACAUGGCCUUCCUAAGGAUAUCAUCAUAGAUCUUCUUGUAGAUUCAGCUUCUGCUUUGAAUACGUUGAAAAGCCGGGGAAUUGCUCAUCGAGACAUCAAACAUCUCAAUAUUCUUGUUUUCCCCGGUGCUCGAAAAGGCCGGAGAUCACAGUAUUUGUUCAAAUUCUGUGACAUGGGAGUGUCGAGUUUCGUUCACGAGGGUGGAGUUAUGCAAACGCUAGUGGGUACACCACAUGCAUUGUGUCCAGCAAUGGCAGACGCUCAUGCAAACCGACAGGCUAGAACCCGUGAGAAUUAUACCAGGGAACAAUGCGAUCUGUGGUCACUCGGCUGCACUUUCUAUUUCGUCGCAACAGGAAAAUCUCCUUUUCCCAUGGAUUCUAAAGACAGCAAUGUUUAUGCACACGCCGUAUCGGAAAACAAUCGGCCUGAAGGUGCGAUAUCGGCUGAUAGGGUUAGCUAUGAUUCGAAUCGAUACAUGUAUAAGUACGGUUAUUCUAUUCCGAAUGCCUCGUAUCCAAAAUGGUUCCGUCAUUGCCUUGCAAAACUGAUCGCCAUGCUCUUCAGUAGGGAACCUACUUUAAAGUCUCUUGACGAAAUGGUAGAAGCGUUGGAAAAGUCUGUUGAGAAGGGAUUUAUUUCUAUCGAGUCAAUGGAUAUCUUUAGCUAUUGCGACCUUCGGAAUGUGCUACAUUUCAGUCAGAACUAUCCAACUCUCAAGGAUGAACUCUCCUUGAAGGAUGGCGUCGAAUAUCGUUUAAUUUACGAGAAUAAGCUGGUUGUUUUUGCUGCUCCCGUAGAAGAUCGAGUUCGCUGUAGAAGUCCACCAAUUCUUUAUCCGUUACUUGCUGAUAUUCCAUGGACUCCCAAGAUAUGGUGGCGCACAGUUGAGGACAAGAAAGGCCACUCCACAAAAACAGGAGCGAACAGAAAUGGGGACGAAUCUUCUCGAAAGCGAUCUGAUAUGUAUUCACAAGUAGGAGACGCAUUGAACGACUGUGAUAAAAUUUUGGAAAUAGUCGAAAUGUCAAAAAAGAUUUUGGGCGUGCAACUGGAACGGAUAAAAUGUGAACUCGAAACCGUUCGAGAAAAGACGUUGAUGCCAAUUCGUUUCACAAUCUACGCAAAAAUGCAAUCCUUCGCUCUUUUACCAUUUCUGAACGAGGCUGCUGAUAAGACCAUAAUGGGUCGUGUAUGUGAAAUGGCUGGUCGUGCCACAAAGGAGCUGGAGAAAUGCAUAGCUUUUCUGAAUCAGUCGCUGACAUCAGCAUCUGAAUGUUCGUCUGAGCUAGAUGGAAUCGAACUAGAGGCAGCUGAAAUCCCUGGAGUUGAAGAUGAACUAAAUGGUCUUCUCAACGAUGAUCCAUCUGUUGGAGUUUUCCAAUACGAAAAAGAGCUUAUCGACCAAUGUAUUGCAAGAAGAGCUGAUUUAGCUGCUCAGUUGUGUAACAACACUAAAAAUUCGGUAGUAAAAGUGCUGUUGAGAACAGCUAGAUUUGUUCUGGAUAUAUCUUCGGAAAUUUCGAAGUACCGCAACUAUAUUGAUGACUACAUUGGACUUAUUGAGAGGCCUUUCCAAGAAAUGAAGAACUGUAUGGAAAGGAUGCAGGUAACCAACAAUUUGGACGAGAAUACUUUCCAAAAAGCAUUGAUGUAUUAUAAGCGGCCAGCAAACAUUGUUACUCAAACUCGUCUUAUUCGCGAAAAAGUUAACCAAGUGUUUGAGUUACUGCAACAGGUCAACAAUCCUAAGUGA